AUGAAUCCAUACGCCAUCUACAGAUCAUUCAUACUUUCCAAAUCAACAACAUGUGGUGAUAAUUAUCAACCUGAACAAAUUCAUUUGUCUUACACAGAUGUUUUCAAUGAGAUGGCUGUUACAUGGAGCACGCAAAUCUAUGCGAACGACAGCUAUGUGGAAUACGGUCUAUGGAAUGAAAAAUUUAAUUUAGUACAAAAUGCAACUGUAUCAAAAUUUAUCGAUGGUAGCAGUGCACAUCGAGUCUUAUAUAUGUAUCGCGCAGUGUUGAAGAACUUAGUGAUGAAUACUACUUACAUUUAUCAUGUGGGUAGCCUAUUUGGUUGGAGUGGAAAAUAUUACUUUCGAACAAUACCGAAUGAAGAUCGAGAUACGUUCGCUGUCUAUGGAGAUUUAGGAGUUGUCAAUGCACAAAGUUUAGCACGAUUACAGCGUGAAGCACAAAUGGAUUAUUAUGAUGCGAUUUUACAUGUGGGCGAUUUUGCUUAUGAUAUGGAUGCCGAUCAGAGUCGAGUGGGUGAUCAAUUUAUGAACGAAAUUCAAGAGAUCGCUACGUACGUGCCUUAUAUGGUCUGUCCUGGAAAUCAUGAACGAGCAUAUAAUUUUUCUAACUAUAAAGCUCGGUUUACUAUGCCGAACAAUGGUGACGGAGAAAAUCUCUGGUACAGUUAUAAUUUUGGUUUAGCACACAUUAUCAGUUUUUCUACGGAAGUCUACUUUUGGUGGGAAUAUGGCUUUGCCCAGAUCGACAAUCAGUAUCGUUGGCUUGAACAAGAUUUAAUUUGGGCAACUGCUGCAGAGAAUCGAACAAAGCAUCCAUGGAUUAUAACGAUGGGCCAUCAACCAAUGUACUGUUCAAAUGCCAAUCAAGACGAUUGCACAUUUUAUGAUAGUCGACCACGUUCAGGUUUACCCUAUAUUCAUACAUACGGAUUAGAAAAGUUGUUCUAUGAUUACGGAGUCGAUUUAGAACUUUGGGCACACGAACAUUCAUAUGAGAGACUUUGGCCAAUUUAUAACUGGACAGUGUACAAUGGUUCAUCGUCUGAACCGUAUAAGAAUCCAGGUGCUCCGACGCAUUUAAUUUCCGGUUCGGCCGGUUGUUUUUCAAAACACAAUCCAUUCUUGAAUGAAACACAGAUAUAUUCUGCUUUUCGUUCUGACGAUUACGGCUAUUCGCGUAUGAAGAUUAUCAAUACCACUCAUUUGUAUAUCGAACAAGUUUCUGACGAUCAAGGCGGAAAAGUAAUCGAUAAUUUUACUUUAAUUCGCGAAAAACAUGAGCCGUAUUCCAUUCAUCAACACAAAGGUGUCAAAAUCAGUCACAAAACCCUUGCUUACCGUCAAUAG